AAGGUUACGAGUAAGAAGUAUAGUCAAAGCGUUUGACUCAAAGGUGCUCAAAGGUUGCAGUCAGUUGGUUGCAGUUGGUUGCAGUUGGUUGCAGUAGUUGCGCGAAAGGAGGCAUUGGGAACAGGUUUAACGUAAUUUCUCAACCUCCGUGGGGCCUAAGUAAUGUAAAAUAUUUUAACCAGUCACAAAUGGUCCUAUGCAUGUGCAUUGUUUGUUCGCAAAGAGGAAUGUUCAUCGUGACGUCUAUUUUUGCACAAGAUUGAUAAAGGAGAGAUUGCAGAAAGAUAAUAAAAGAGAUUAAGUGGAAAUACUACAGUUACAGAAAAAUGUAUUAAUAAAAUGAAUAAACAUACAAUACUUGUUCAAAGUCGCUUAUAGAAGAUAGCUAUUGAAUAAGUCCAAAUGUCUGUAUUAUCAAAUACAAAACCAAUAUCUACAUUACAACCUAUAUCCCAGCAUUCAAUGGAAAUGGAUACACAUGUCACAAAGAAACAUAUAGGGAAAGAUGGUAUUACAAAUACUCAAAGAGUAUGGACAAGUUUGGUGUCAGGUGCUAUUGCAGGAGCAUUGGCAAAAACAACCAUAGCACCAUUGGAUCGCACAAAAAUAAACUUCCAGAUAUCAAAACAGCCAUACACAGGAAGAGCAGCAGUUGAAUUCUUAAUAAGAACACUUAGGACAGAAGGCUUACUUAGUUUAUGGCGUGGAAAUAGCGCAACUAUGGUCAGAAUUAUUCCUUAUUCUGCAGUUCAGUUCACAGCACACGAACAAUGGAAAAGAGUUCUGGGAGUAAAUGGAUCGGAAAGAGAUAAACCUGGAUUGAAUUUCCUUGCUGGUGCAUUGGCUGGUGUAACAUCUCAAGGUUCAACUUAUCCUCUAGAUUUGAUGAGAGCACGAAUGGCUGUGACUCAUAAAGAUGAAUACAGAACCUUACGACAGAUAUUUGUACGCAUUUACAUGGAGGAAGGAGUAAUGGCAUAUUACCGUGGAUUCACUGCUACCCUGCUCGGUGUUAUUCCUUAUGCUGGCUGCAGCUUCUUCACUUAUGACCUACUCAGGAAUAUGCUCACUGUGUACACGGUGGCUAUUCCUGGGUUCCCGGCAUCGCUGAUUUGCGGUGGCAUUGCCGGAAUGGUUGCACAGACUAGCAGCUAUCCUUUGGACAUCGUACGGAGGAGAAUGCAGACCUCGGCAGUCAAGGGCCAGCAUUACCACACAAUUGGAUCGACCAUAAUGAAAGUUUACAAAGAAGAAGGUCUGAUGGCUUUCUAUAAAGGAUUAAGCAUGAAUUGGGUGAAAGGUCCGAUUGCAGUAGGAAUUAGUUUUGCGACACACGACACGGUUCGCGAUACGUUAAGAAAACUUAUCGCCCGCAGAAAUGGAUCCUUAAAUUAAUAUUAUAAAUAAUAUAGAAUACAGUAUAGAAUUAUAAAACUUAUGAAAAAUUACUAAUUACCUAUUAACGUAAGGCUUCUAACUAUAGAUAAAAAAAAAUAUUUACUUUUAUCUGAUGAAGAGUCCUUUGAAAUAUAAGUAUACCUAAAAUCGAGUAUCCAAGAAGAGUAUAAUGCAUAAAGUAACACAAUAAUAAUUCAAUAAAAUUAUACUGUUUUCAGAGGAUCUGAAAAGAGAGGGAGGCAUUAGUACAAAUUGUUACUGUACAUAUUGUUAUCUGAAAUGUUAUAAAUACUGUUGAAUGGCUAAAGAUGCACGUCGUAUAGCUAUGUUUAAGUCAACAAUGACUUUGCGCAAAUAUUUGUUUUGAACUGUAUGUUUGAAAUAUGGCAUGAAUUGUGUUAAUGCAAUCGCCGUUACGUGUGCCAAACUAGUAAACAUAGUUUUUAAAUUAAAUAGUUCGAAAAAUAUUUUCAGAAAAAAUAAUAAACAUUAGAUUCUCCUUUUUUAUGUAAUGGUACACACUUUGGUGUAUAUCAUUGAUUAAAUAGCUAUAUUCAAUUCUAUGAUGUAACAGCAUUCUUUUAAAAAAAAAAACAAACGAACACUUAUAACAGUAUUCUUGUAAA